AUGGCAAAUCCGAGCCACCCUUUGGAAGUUGCCCUCUGGGGCUUCUGCCCCUUUGGCGAGCCGCAGGUCAGGCUGUAUGGACUCCUCAUGCUCUAUCUUCCUGCCUUCACGGGAAACACCGUCAUCAUAGUCACGGUCAUGGCUGACACCCGCCUGCACACACCCAUGUACUUCUUCCUGGGCAACUUUGCCCUGCUGGAGAUCUUGGUGACCAUGACUGCAGUGCUCAGGAUGCUCCCAGAGCUGCUGCCACCCCCCAGAGUCAUUUCCUUCACUGGCUGCAUCAUAUUCUACUUCUACUUUUCCUUGGGUUCUGCCUCCUUCCUCAUCCUGUCAGACAUGGCGCUUGACUGCUUUGUGGCCAUCUGCCACCCACUGCACUAUGGCACUUUGAUGAGCUGGGCUGUGUGUGCCUGGCUGGCAGAGGCUGCCUGGGCAGCUCCUUUCCUAGCCAUGGUGCCCACUGUCCUCUCCCGGGCUUAUCUCAAUUUUUGCCAUGGCAAUGUCAUCAACCACUUCUAUUGUGAUAAUGCACCUCUGCUGCAGCUAUCCUGCUCAGACACUAGCCAGCUAGAAUUUGGGGACUCCAUGAUGUCCUUAGCUUUUGUCCUCAGCUCCUUUCUAGUGACCCUCAUCUCCUAUAGCUACAUUAUGACCACUGUGCUGAGGAUCCCCUCUGCCAGUGCGUCGGAGGCUUUCUCCACAUGUGGGUCUCACCUUACCCUGGUCUUCACUGGCUAUAGCAGCACCAUCUUCCUGUAUGUCAGGCCUGGCAAAGCACACUCUGUGGAGGUCAACAAGACCAUAGCUUUGGUGACAUCAGUCCUCACACCCUUUCUCAAUCCCUUUAUCCUUACCCUCCGCAAUGAGACAGUCAAGGCAGUCCCGCAGCUGCAGAGGCUGAAAGACCUCCACAAGGCACUAUGA